AGCCCAUUCUCGGGGGUCGCUGAUCCACUUCUCUUCGUCGACGAACAAGCAUUACACACUCCUUUGGACGCCGUCUACCGUUGUCAGCCCUGCGUGGUUGUUCUCCGGGAAGUAGUGAAGAAGGUCCGAAUCCUAGGGCCUUUUCUACCCCCAAAAUCUGUUCACUGAUUGUAGUAUAGGUCCGCCUAUGCUUGUCGCAGUGAUUGUAACUGAGCGUUAAAUUGCUCUUGACAUCAGAUUUGCUUUCAACCCCACUACUUUAAUCUAGAUCGGUGAUGGGCCUUAGCUUACAUUUGUCUUCAUCAAUAGAGGAAGAGGAGUUUGAGUAAUCAUUUACCAGUCCUGUUAUUUCUUUCCUUUGUUUCAGUUCUCUGAAGAUGUAGUGAGUUGUAACUGUUGAGGACUUGCUUUACCAGUUUAUAUCCUGGAUGGACACCAAUAAGAGGCUGACCUGUAAUAGUGUUCAUGAUGUGCUAAACUGCGAUGACAUACUGCAAGAGAUCUUACUUCGACUACCCCCUUCAUCUAUUUGCAAAUUCAUUAUCACAUCAAAGAGAUGGCUGCGUGUGAUAUGCAGCUCUUCAUUUUAUCGUUGCUAUGUGAAUAGAUGGGGACAGAAGUUUAGACUUUUGGGUUUCUUCGUAUGCAACUUUUUAUACCUAGGAAGACCCCGUGAUGGCUACCAACGCCCCUCUUGGGAACCUGCAUUACCAUUUUUGUCCACUUGUAAAGAGGGUGAUGAUCUGAAGUCUUCUGGGGUUCUCAAAAAAUUGGGCUACUUUAUUGAUUGUUCCCAUGGCAUUCUUCUUUGUGGUCGUCAUCCAAAGACUUAUUAUGUGUACAAUUUUAAGAACAAGCAACAAUGCAGUCUCCCAGAACCUCAGCAGUUCUACAAAAUGUUGUGCAUGGCAUUCAUUGUUGAGGAGUAUAUUGAUGAUGCCAUUUGCUACAAGGUGAUUCGAGCUAAAUGCGAGUGCAAACUUAAGGUGCGCAACACAGUUUCUAUUGAGACUUUCUCUUCACAAACUGGAACUUGGAAGCAGUCUACUCUAACAUGCUCUACAACUUUUGCGUUGCGCCCAAGGACAGUAGCUAUGGUGGUCAAGGGCGUUGUUCACUGGUUUGCAAUGUGGGGAAACCUUGCUAUUUAUGAUCCACGUUUUGGAGAUAGGAGGAUAGCUCUGGUAAAACUUCCAGCAGGUGGGCUAUCACAUGAGCAUGAGGAGUCAGUUCUUGGGGAGUCAUCUGAUGGGCUUUUACAGUAUGGUCAGAGCAGUAACUUGGGUGUGGAGAUAUGGGUUCUUGAGAAUGAAGAAGGAGCUAACUCAUCCACUUACAGAAACUGUGCACAUGUAAGGAAGAAGUGGAUUUUAAGGUGGAGGCUAAAUUUUAAAGUAAUGUGGAAGCAAAACCCAUCUCUCAGCAUGCAAUGCAAAGAAUCUCAGAUACUAUCAUUCCUUCCUCAGAAUUCUCAAUCUAUCUUUAUCAGAUCGGGGUGGAACAUUUUUCAAUGUGAUCUAGAGACCAGAACGGUGGAAAUAAUUUAUUAUCAGGGCCGUGGAGCUGCCAUUUCAUGGGAGUCAAGUAAAGUUGUACCUUACUUUCUACCAGCUUGGCCAUUGGCUUGUGUGUCAUAACAAAAGUCUUGACACGAGGCUGGAUUUUCUGUUGAAUUAAGUAGAAAACUUACAGUGUUUGAUGUAUUUAAGUUGUAUGUAUGGGUGAUGAAAUUUCAAUUCUAACUUCUCUCCAUCAUAGGACCUUCAUUUUC